AAGUAUAUGCUUAUAUAAAUUUAUGUGCCUAUACAUUCAUACAUAUAUAAGAAUACAUAUAUAGGUAUAUAUGGCAAAAGCAGUGAGGAGUGAGUUACUCGAUCGAAAAAUGGAUCUUGCACCGUGUUCGUGUGCGAUUUCACGAACUUUGAUCGUGGCACGGUGCCUGUAAAAUAAUAUUACGGCUUAACGGUUACGCGUAUAACACUAAACAAUUGUGAAUAAUUAUUUAUAAAAAGAAACGACUAAAUUAACACUGUAAAUAUUUAAUUAUCAUAAUAUAUAUAUUAAAAUUUACAGAUGGUCAAUGAACAUUAUUAUUAUCAUCAACAUUAUUAUCAUCAUCAUCAUCAUCACUAUCGUCAACAUCAUCAUUGUGAGAAUAUCAAGUCAUCCAAUUUCCAUUGAUAGUAUUUAUAGUUUAUCCCGGUUUAUUUUUACAUUUAACAAGACUAAAGAUAUAAAAAUGCAAUCUACUACCGGCUGAGGAUUUGUUUCUUUUUUUUUUUUCUUUCAUUUUUUUUUCUUAUGUUGGUGGUUAACGACUCUGUGAGGUCACUGAGAAGUUGGGUGAAAUAAGGGGCAUCCGUGUUGUUAUUGGAAUAAAUCAGAGAUAAAUAUUUAAAUAAAAGAUAAAUAUAUAAUUAUAUGAUAAUUACUAUAUUAAUUAAUUAAUUAAUAAUAAUAAUAUUAAUAAUAAUAAAAUGAACACAAUGGAGUCAGCGAUAACUGGUCGAAGACGUGCUGCUAGUCGGCAUUCUGCUGAGGAUCAGGCUCUUGAUCAAAUAGCAAAAGAGGCUGGUGAGAGAUUAGCAGCACGAAGACAAGCCAGAGCUGAAGCACGAGAAAUUCGAAUGAGAGAGUUGGAGAAACAGCAGAAAGAAGCUGAACAAAACGCUGAUCGUGUUUAUGAUAUGUGUAAUGCUGAUGGAACAAGGACUAUGAGGGUAACGCCAGAUCCUGUAAGGGCUUCACGCUUAUUAACAAAUUCAAAUAAUUUUCAGUCAAGUCGUAGGUCUUCCGAAGAUUCCUUAGAGGAUGCUGGUCAAAGUAGAGAUUUAAGAUUAGAGCUUAAAGAGCUCGAAGAAAAAUUUAGAAAAGCAAUGAUUGCUAACGCUCAACUUGAUAAUGAAAAAUCGUCUUAUGUUUAUCAAGUCGAUUUAUUGAAAGAUCAAUUAGAAGAAUCGGAAGAAUCGGCUGCUACAUUGCGGCGAGAACUCAGGGAAAAAACUAGUGAGGCUAAAUUACUUCAGCGCGAUUGUCAACGAUUGAAAGAAGAUUUUGAAAUGUGCAAAACAUUGCUAGAGGAAAGAGAUAGACUUAUAGAAGAAAAUGGAUUGGUUAUAAUUGAGGAUGAGGUCAGUGAUGACGAAGAUGCAGGAACGUCCAAUGGAAUUGUAAAUCGUAAAAAAAAAGUACUAGUCAGUACGGAAGCUGCUGAAUUGUUACAGAAUGCUGGUGAAGGAUCUUUAGAUGUUCGGUUGAAAAAGUUUGGUGCGGAAAAAAAAGAAUUACAAGAUGAAAUUCGACACCUAAGAUUAGAAUUGGAAGAAGCCAAAAGUCGAUUAAGAUCCGAAAGAUCGUCUGGAUCAGUAUUAGGAUUAACAGAUUCAGAAGACGUCCAAAGGGAAGCGAAUAAGUUAUUGGCGGAUUACAAAUUUAAAUUACAAAAAGCCGAGCAAGAUAUGUCGACGUUACAAGCGACUGUCGCGAGAUUAGAGAGUCAAGUUAUCCGUUAUAAAUCUGCGGCAGAAGCUUCUGAAAAAGCUGAAGACGACUUGAAAGUCGAGAAACGAAAAUUGCAGAGAGAAGUAAGAGAAUCGCAGGGUCGUGUUGAAGAAUUAGAAACAGCAAAUUCACAUUUACAAAGACGAUUAGACAAAUUGAAAAACGCAAAGUCCGCGUUGUUAAAAGAACUCUGACGCGACGGUAAUCCCGGUGAGACCGGAUAAAAUUAUUAUUUUACUUCUGCUACAACAAUUAAGGUGAUACUAGUGGUUUGUACCUUUCAUACAAAGAUGAUAAAAAUAUAAUAACUAACAAAACAAAAAAUACAAAUCAUCGUUCUUCACUAACUCGUAAUCUGUUGAAAAAUAAGUGAAACAAUCAGAUUUAUUUAUUUAAAUCGUCUAAUAAUUAUCUAAUUCAUACCCUGGCAUUGUGCAACCAGUUGAUAGCACCAUCUUAUGCGUUAUUUCGUUAGAUUUUUUGUUUUUAAUAAUUUAAUCAGCAUGAAUUAAAAUAUACUCAGACUUUUUUUAAUACAAGAAAUACAUUAUAUCUAUCAAAAUAGCUAAAUAGACUUUUUUUGAUAAAUAAUUUGACGGUUCUUUGUACUGAGACCUUGCGGUCGUUAAAAUUGAACCGUUUGUAUUUAAAACACAAACAGCAAAUUAUGAUUACGUGAUUUGUGCAUGAAAAUUUAUAAAAUGAAAUUUUUAUUAAUUAUAUAUAUGCAUAUUACUGAAUAAUUAUCAUAAAUUUCAGUCGCCUAAAGAAAAAUAUUCAAAAUUUAUUUAAAAUGUUAUGUUACAUUUACAUUUAUAUAUUAAUUAUUUAUACUAAUAACAGACAUCGAAUUAACAAUAGAUCCAACUUUAAAACAGAUGUGUAAAUUUUUAAAAUGUUAUUUAUUAUUAUUAUAAACAAAUAUGAUUUUAUUAAUUGUCUUAUAAAAUAUAAUUAUAUAAUGGUGCGUACUUAGAUUUUCAACUCGUACAAAUGAUAUUAGAACACGUGAUCAGUAUUUAAAAUGAAUAAAAUUAAAGUAAAUAAAUAAAAUAAUAAAAAAAUUAUUUUAUUUUUUAGUUGUGCAAUUAAAUAAAAGUCUUGUCUGUUAAAAAUUUUUUAAUACUCUCAAUUGCAUUUAUAAAAAAACAUGAACGUUUAUAAGAUAUAAGACUUGACGUUUUUUUGUAAAAAAAAAAAAAAAAUAUUUUUAAUCAAACAAAGUUUGAAUGUAUGAUAAAAGUGAAGAAAAAAAAAUUUAUUCCUAAAUUAUAAUCGAGAUAAUGCUGAAGAUGAUUCAUCGCCAUACAAUUGAAACAAAUUUUUUUUUUCAUAUUUAUAUAAAUAUAUAUACAUAUAUUAGGGAAAGGAAAUAUUUAAUAUGUUAAUAUCGGCAAUUGUUUUCAAUUGGUCAGUGCAUUUAACUUUGUUUAAUUCGUAUUUAUUACUUACCAAUGUGGCUCUAAAACAAAUAAAAAAAUAAAUAAUAAAUAAAUUGUUAGUUUAAUCGCUUUUCAAUUACAAAAAAAUUCUAUUGUAAUUUUUAUUAUUAUAAAUACUAUUAUUCAUUAAUUAAUUAAUUAAUUAAAAAAUUAUU